UAAUAGAUGACCCCGUCGUAUUUUUUGCGAAACAGUCCUUCUAUUUUUUCCGACCAAUCCCGCGGUCCUCCGCUCCCGACAUAGAACUCCGUCGCUCACCAUUCUUGCUCGCCCGCUCGCCGUCUUGGCUCUCCGACGCCGCCCCCCACCGCCUUCCUCCCUCCCCCGCCCCACGCCGCCUUCCUCCCCCGAACCACGCUGCGAUGCUGCCGGCUCGUCCCCCUCCUCGUUCCCCACCGUCUCAAGCUUCAAUUUUUGCCACAUCGCCGGUGGUUGAUCUGCCGGCAGAAUUGCGGGCGGCGGCCUGGAGCGGCAGUACGCAAGCUCUGACUCCAUACCGAGCCAGCCGGCACACCCGCCAAGGAGCUUCGCCAGCCGCUGCCCUAGCGCCCGCGGCCGUCAAUGCGUGGUCGGGCGCCGCGUCGAUGUUGCCGCUGCUCGGCGCCGCCGUCGCCGACUCGUGGCUCGGCCGGUACCGCACCAUCGUCGCCUCCUUCGUUAUCUACAUCACGUGGCACAAAGGCGAGCUACCUUGGCGUGCAGAAGAGGCCCCCCUCCCUUGCCUUGUGCCCGGCGACCAACAACUGCGUGUCGACGUCCGAGAGGAUAAGCAAUUCCAAUCACUACGCUCCCCCAUGAAGAAGAAAGGUAAAUUUCAACAUUCUAGCUUUCUUGCUGGGGGAGCUACAUCUGCUGCUAGGAAACUGGUUGCUCAAAAUGGGACUCUGAAGGCUAUUUGGCCUCACAGUGGCCACUAUCGCCCCACAGAGGAGAACUUCCAGGAGUUUAAAAGCUUCCUCAAUGACAACUUGGUUGAUCUCACUGAUGCACCUGAAGAAACUGGCUCUCUUCAGACAACUCAAGUCAUUCAAACAACAUCUACAGAGACAGAAAAACGUGAGGAACCAGUGGUGGCGCGCGAGAAGAUCCUUCAGAGGAGAUGGUGGUAGCAGCUGCACCCCUGUGGUAGCAUCAGCAUCUACAGAAGAACCAGUGGUAGCAUCAACA